AGUGGGAUUUUAUGAAUUAUGCAAAUUUGAGCAGUUGUUCCACUCCUAGGAUGAGAGGCUCGAUUCAGGACCGCCGAGGAGUUUUAUUGUUCUUUUAAUAAGAUAAAAAGUUUCAUGUUUUGUCUUUCGCUACAGAAUAUAGCAGAUAAGAAUGACUCGUUGUGGUUUCCUAUAUUAGGGGAAGGCACUGCAUCUCCGCAUUAUGAUGUUAUAGGCCAGGAAAUAAUGAAAAGCCGGUAGUGUGUAAGUGCAGCGAACAGUUUCGCCGGUCGGGGCUGCUCUUUGUCUGACACUGAGAGUAGUCAACGCGUGCUCUUUUGUUUGGGAUUUUGUCUUUGUUUAACGGCAAACGGGCGAUCUUUGUUCUCGUUCAGGCCUCCCGAGGUUGAAAUAUUUGUUUUGGAACAUGCAUCAUAUGAAGAAAUAUUUCACCGAGGGACUCAUCCAGUUUACGAUUCUGCUUAGUUUGAUAGGUGUUCGCGUGGAUGUCGACACUUAUUUGAGCGGCUACUUCUCGCCGUUGAUAGAGACGGACGGAGGGCCGAGCUCGGCUUUCAUACAAACCCCGUUUCACCACUAUCGGGACACCGCAGCGGGCCAUCAAGUGCACCCAAAAUGUCCCGAGCUAGACUAUUUUUUCACCAGCCGCAGGCUGCUGAAUGAAGUGCGUGCGCUCGGAUCCCCGGCCCGCUUCCCCACGCGUGUCAGCGCAUGGCUGGUGCACCUGGUGCCUGAUGAUGGUUCUGAUGUCAGUGAGCCACUCGACCUGUCAGGGGACCCUGAUAACGAGGACGUAAAUACCGAAAAUCACCUGGAAGAGGAUGAUCACAGGACUGGAGAGAGCUUCGGACUGUCAGUAUCUCAGGACUGCAAUGUUUCAAGGCCUUGCUGUGCAGCUGACGAACUUUCCAAAGAGGAAACUUUACUGAACCAAGAGAAUGAGGAGGAGGCUGUGAAAGAUGAAAGAGGGCAGGAAGAAACCAGCCCUGCUUCGCUGAACCAGCUGACUCAAAGCUCAGCAUUAGAGCAAGAGGAUUUGCCGGGUAGUACCCUUCCUCCACCUCUUUCUGGGCUUGAGCUUCCUCCACAGUGGCAGGACUUCCUCUCUGAAUUUGAUGAUUUUGACUCUAUGGUCCCUCAACGCAUUUCAGAUUUAGAAGCUGACCUUCCUAAUCCCAUCAGUUAUGAUGUAAGCCUUCAAGAUGCCAUGGUAACCGGGGGAGAUUCAUCUAAUUGCAGGCCGGCAUCUUCCCGAGCACCCCUCUUCCGUUUGGAAUCCACAAACUCUUCUCACUCAGACCCAUCUCAGAGCUUAGCAGGGGCACUUCCUUCAUCGCUCUUCUGUUUGUCUGGGAACAGCUCUCAUAAUGAAACCUCCCCUUCGCAGAUGGGAGGCUAUCUAGAUGAGGCUGUUUUUGAGCACAUCAAUAUGUUGGAUCUGGGUAAUCUCGGAACAAUCGACCCUCAGAUGCUGGAUGGCAUGCAAAGUGAGAUGGACACUCCAUGGCUGGAGGAUUCAGACUCUGGCCUCUCUUUGGAGAGCAGUUCUAGAAGCGCCGCAUCCCCGUCUACUUCGUCCGAUUCAUUUUGCGAGGAUGAGGGUGGAGCUACAGGCUAUAGCAGUGAAGUGGAAUCUCUUUCUUCAAAAGGUGGCGCUUGUGCAGCUGCUUACCGUGAUUGGUCGCCUGUGAACCUUCAUGACAACAUCUGGCAUGAUCAUACCUACUCAGCCCCACAGGCUCAAAAUUCCACGUCAUCUAGCUGGAUCACAACUAUCAAACAGGAAGUGAUGAGCGAAGAUGAGUCUGAACCUGAAGAGAUGAGUCGUGAUGAACGUCGGGUGCAGGCGUUGGGUCUUCCGUUUUCAGCCUGUCAGAUUGUCAACAUGCCUGUAGAAAACUUCCUGGAGCUGCUGGACAGGCAGAAUCUGUCAGGAUCAGAAGUCAUGCUCUUGCGUGACGUGCGCAGAAGAGGCAAAAACAAGCUUGCCGCGCAGAAUUGCCGCAAGAGGAAGCUGGACGCGAUCCUGGGCCUGCAGGGUGAGGUUGAUGGCCUCACGGUGCAGCGGGAUACUCUCCUGCGCCAGAGAGCCCACACAGCCAAGGCACUUUCUGCUGCUGCAGAACAUUUCGAGGCGCUCUCGAGGACUGUGUUAAGCCACAUCCGUGAUGAAUAUGGACAUCCUCUGAACCCUGAGCAUUACACACUGCACUGCAGUGCUAAUGGAAGAGUGAUGGUUCAGCCUCGCACAAACACAACGUCAAGGACAAUGACAGGUAGUAAGACAGUGAAGAGAAAGAAGGUCAAGAAACCUUAAGAGACUUUUUUUGAGAGUGUGUGUGUGCAUGCAUGUUUGUGUUUACACACAAAUAUUUUUGUUUUCUGAAAGGUGAGUUUUAAUCCUUGAGAUAAGAUGUUUUGAUGCAUUUCUGGCUCUUCUUUGUUCCUAAAAGCCAUUCGUAACUCAAGUGGAAGGCAAAAAGAAUACUGUAAAAAAUACUACACAUUUACAGCUUGGGAGUAGCUUUGUUCACUUGCAGGAGAGAAUGUACUGAAAACACUGGAUGUUGUGUAUAGUAAGAGUUUGUAUAAAGACUAUUUCUAAAGAGCACAUUUAAAAAUAAAACUUCAUAUUGCUUUUCUUUAACUGUUAAUUUAAAGGCAAGUUACUAAGUAAAGAAUGUUUGCAGAUGGUCACUGGAGGACCAUGUUAAAAAGUGUGCCUCUCUGUUUCUUGCAGGAUAGAGCUUAAGGGGAUAGUUCACCCAAAAAUGACAAUUCUGUCAUUUACUCACUCUCAUGUCAGUCCAAAUCUGUAUGGCUUUCUUUUUUUCUGCAGAACACAAAAGAAAAUAUUUUGAAAAAUGCCUGUACAAUGAAAGUCAGUCCAAUGUUGUUUGCCACUGUCGUUCUUCUUUUGUGUUCCACAGAAGAAAGAAAGGCAUGUAGGUUUGACAUGAGGGUGAGUUAAAAUUUUUGGCUGAAAUAUUAUCCCAUUAACACACAGAACCCCACAGCAAUGAUCCUAAUUCAAUUUAAACUACAGUAGUCAACAUCUGAAGUGGAUCAAAACCUUUCAUCAAAGUUGUCCUAAAACCUUCUUAGGACAUCUUAGUUCUUAGGACAACUUUGAUUAACUUUUUUGAUCCACUUCAAUGUUGACUACUGUAUUUGCAAACAUAUUAAUAAAAUACAACUUUCAUUAGAUGUAACUUGCAGUUACCUUCACACCUCAAUUUGUUUCUCUCACCACUGAGAUACACAGUUAAAAUAUUGUAAUUGUGUAUUCAUGACUAACAGUAUCACUCUGCUUAAACUGUUCCUUUAUAAUAAAUUACAUUUGCAUUUUACAUUUAUGCACUUGCCUAAAAAGAAAAAUUAUAAUGCUUUCUGAUAGCUUUUUAUAAAGGCUUUAUAAGGUUGGAUUGCAGUUAUGUUUUCAACUUAAUUUUCCUUUUUAUUUUUUGCACUCUGUUUGUCACAUUUUAAAUAUACAUAGAAGUGGUCAUCUUUGAAGUGAAGUCAAAGUAAAAACAAAGUGGAACUAAUUAAAAGAAAACAGAAUUGGUGAGUUUUGGUCUACCUCAUAGCACAGUUAUAAUUUAGAAAAUGCAAGUACUACAUCAGCUAAAUGACUAAUUAAUUAGUGAAUUAGUAUUAAAAGUAAUAUUGGGCCCAAGCAAAUGAUCCUCUUGUUUAUUUUCUUUAUUGGCAGAGUGGUUUGAUUUGUGUUUGUGAGUAGAAGUGGUUUCUCUCUCUCGCUCUUUCUCUCUUUCCUUCAGUUUUUCUUUGAUUUUUCUAUUUUGUGUGUUUUUGAGCAAUUAUUUGUGUAUGCGUGUGUAAGGGGUUGGAAUACCUUCAAUUUUAAACAGGGAUAUUCAAGAUCUGGCUCUUUUAUAUAUUUUAAAAUGAAUAAAGGAGGACAAAAAAGUUA